AUGGCUGAUAUCAGCAGUCCACCAGCUCACAACGGUGUCCAAGAUAACGGCAGGAUACGGGAAGGCCUGGCGGAGGUGCUCCCCAUCGAGGGCAAUAAGGUCUUUUAUAACAACGUCCAGGUCUUCAACAGAGACACGUCGGUAUUAGCCUUGAAUGUCUUCGAUACUUGGAGGAAAGACCAUUCCCCGCCGGGGAGGGCUGGCAGGGCCAUCACGGAGGAGCUCAAUAAGAACAACGAGGGCCUCACGGUGUUCGAGGCGAUGGCGGCCUCUGGGCUACGAUCGGUCCGAUACGCCAAGGAAGUGAAAAACCUGAAGCAUGUGGUAGUGAACGAUCUGGAUGAAAAGGCUGCAGAAAACAUCAAAGCUAAUCUCAAGCACAAUUGCAUACCCGAGAGCAUCGCCGAGGCCAGCCAUUCGGACUGUAUCAGACAUAUGCAGCACAACGACUUGGCUUACGAUGUGAUCGAUCUGGAUCCCUAUGGUAGCGCCUCGCCCUUCUUGGAUGGAGCAUUGAAUUCUGUCAAGAAUGGAGGUCUCCUCUGUGUUACGUGUACGGACUCAGCAGUACUCUGUGGGAACCACACUGACGUCUGCUACUACCGGUACGGUGGCAUCGCCCCAAAAGCGAAAUACUGUCAUGAACUAGCCUUGCGACUAAUGCUGCAUGCUAUAUCGAGCGCUGCUGGGCGGAGGAAGCGUGCGAUCGUCCCUUUACUGUCGCUGAGCAUCGACUUCUACUAUAGAGUGUUUGUUCGCGUUGUCGACUCUCCUAAGGAUUGCGGCAAUCUGGCAGCUGACACGUCCCUUUUAUUGCAGUGUGUUAACUGUGAAUGGCACGAGCUGUCCCCUCUAGCACAACCGAAGUCGGAUAAGAAUCCCACUUUGAAACCAGGCACUCUAUUGGGUGAACAUGGCGGAACUGCACCGCCGGCCACAUGUCCUGUAUGCAAAGGACGUUUGGCGAUGGGAGGUCCGUGUUGGACGGGUCCCCUUCACGAGGCUUCCUUUGUGAGCGCUAUGUUGGCUGAGAGCUCGGACACUGUGGGGAGAGCUGAGAAGUAUCCUGGUAUCACUGCUUGGAAGAAGGUUCAUGGCUUGCUCACGGCUGUGUCGAUGGAACUGCCUGCUGCCCCAUUGUUCUACACACUAGAUGGUUUGAUGUCCAUCACUAGAGCCCCCAACUGCCCUUUGCAGAAGUUCAAGAAUACUCUGGUCAAGCUCGGCUACAAGGUUAGUCACUUCCAUCGAGAACCGAUGGCUAUCAAAACUGAUGCUCCUUCCGAAGUUGUCUUCGAUCUGGCACGGGCAUGGGCAUUGCAGCAUCAGGAAACAUCCAAUGUAGUUCUGAAACCGAAGGUAGAGGGCUUCCUAGACCAGGGAACCAGCAGCCUCCCGGAUCGAGAUUGGCGGAAGAUCAACUUUGAUGAACCAGUCGCUAAAGGCGAUGCUAAAGAACCCGGGAGUGAAGGCGAUAAAGAGCAACAUCAUAAGAAGAGGACACCUAUGUUCCUGCCGAACCCCGAGUCCAACUGGGGUCCUAAGCGAGCAGCUGCGGGCUGGCCUGGAGGAAAGUGCAAGAAGGUGAAGACACAUCAUGAAGGAGAGGAGACGCCGUCAUCGGCCGAGGAAGCAACAGGCCAGAAGGCACAGUGAUUUCCAAGUCUACCAAA